CGAGCCAAUGUCAGCAGUCGCAGCAGCAACCAAUGACAAUGUCCUAGAUAAAAAGGACGUGGAAAAGAAAGCACAACAUCACAAAGCAAGAAGAAGAAACAAAAAGAAGAGCAAAAAGCAACGUCAGGAAGAAGAAGCACAACGUAAAGCUCAAUUAGAACAACAAGAAGAGAACGAAGUACCAGACGAUGUACAGAUCGAAUAUGUAGUUCAACCUGUUGAUAUGUCAUCACUAAAGAAUUUGGAUGGCAUGUCUAGCUUGGAUGACAAUACACUUCAACAGUUUUCAGAAAUCUUUAAACACUUUCAAGAAGGAAAGCCUGAAGAGAAUGAUGAAGAAUUCCCUGUCUAUGACAAUACAGCGCAAGGAGAAGACCAAGGUGAAUCUGAUGAUGAUGAAGAAAAAGACUCUGAUCAACCUUUGUCAAAGAAAAAGAUGAAAAAGAUUCAACGUUUAUCAGUAGCUGAACUAAAACAACUUGUUAAGAAACCUGAAGUAGUUGAAUGGUGGGAUGUGACAGCCAGUGAUCCUAAACUCCUUGUGGCUCUUAAAUCGUAUCGUAAUUCAGUACCAGUGCCUGCUCAUUGGAGUCAAAAGCGUAAAUAUCUUCAAGGAAAGCGUGGUAUUGAAAAACCACCAUGGGAACUGCCUGAAUUUAUCAAAGACACCGGUAUUAUGGAAAUGCGUGAUGCUGUCCGAGAAAAAGAAAGUGCAGCCGGUCUCAAAGGCAAAAUGAAAGAAAAAGUGGCUCCCAAGAUGGGCAGGCUCGAUAUUGACUAUCAAAGACUUCAUGACGCUUUUUUCAGAUUCCAGACAAGAGGCAAAUACACCAUGCAUGGUGAACUGUACUAUGAAGGUAAAGAAUUUGAGACAAGAUUAAAAGAACAAAAACCAGGUCAAUUAUCUGAGGAUCUAAAGGAAGCAUUAAACAUGCCUCCUUUGGCUCCUCCUCCAUGGCUGAUUAAUAUGCAGCGAUAUGGUCCUCCACCCAGUUAUCCUAAUCUCAAGAUUCCUGGCUUGAAUGCCCCGAUACCCGAAGGUGCGCAAUGGGGUUAUCAUCCAGGUGGUUGGGGUAGACCACCUGUAGAUGAGUACAACCGUCCUUUGUAUGGUGAUGUGUUUGGUGUGGCUCAACCUGUUACUGUUCCACCUGAGGUUGUUGAGCCUGUAGAUAAGCAAUUAUGGGGUGAACUUGAACCAGAAGAAGAAUAUGAUGAAUCAGAAGAGGAAGAAGAAGAAGAAGAGGAGGAGGAGGAGGAACAAGCACAAGAAGAGACAAGUGCUACAGAUGAUUUGGGAGAUGGUCUUGCCACUCCUUCUGGUAUACAAUCGAUUGCUUCUGGACUGGAGACACCCGAUCAUAUCGAACUACGUAAGGACCGUAAGCGAGAAGAAGAUGAAGGCCCCAAACAACUCUAUCAAGUCCUGCCUGAAGUUCAAAAGAAUAUUACUGGAUUUAUGGGCUCACAGCAUGGUUAUGAUUUAAGUACAGUAGAGAAGCCUGUGAUUGCGCCACCCCCUGGUAGACCACAGACAAAACGAAAGGCAAAUGAUGUAGAUGUGGCUAUUGAUCCUAGUGAAUUAGAAGGUGGCCUUGAUGAGGCUACAUUGCGUGCUAAAUACGAUGCUCAAAUGCGUGCCAAGUUACCAGUGGGCGAUUCAAAUGAAGACUUGUCAGAUAUGUAUGCUGAACAUGCUAGUAGACAAGCAAAGAAAGCAAAAACACAAGAAAGUCGAAAAGAAAGUAAAAAGAAAGAAUUCAAGUUUUAAUUAUAAAAUAAACAGACUAAACACAAGCAGGCAAAUAAUAAACUACUCUUUUGUUAGUCUAAUACGAGCAAAAUGUAAAUAUGUUACCAUGGCUUUCAUGCUAAGCGGAUC